ACACACAUAGACCAUUACCUCAACUCAAGCAUACCACAACUAUUAGUAAAGACUAAUACUAAGUUCUCUAGCUCCAAACAAAAAAAUGGCUUCCAUCAAUUUCUGGUCAUUCAUUUUAUCACUUUUACUCAUAACAUUUUCAUCAAUGACAAGUAUUGAAGGAGCACGUAACCUUGUUGAGUUGCCACCACUACCUAAUCUGCCAGUGCCAUUGCCGAUAACACAGCCACAAUUGCCAACAAUUCCAAACUUAGGUGUUCCAACUUUGCCUCAAGUACCAACUGUACCUCAAAUUCCUCAGAUUCCUACUGUUCCUGGUGUGCCACAAAUUCCUCAGAUUCCUGGUGUGCCUGGUGUGCCUAAACCAUAAGUACCUAAAGUUCAUGAGUUCUAGUAAUCUGAACUGUUUAUGUGUUUGUUAAAAUUUGUUUAUGUUAUUCGAGGAUGUUUCUGUUGGGGGUUUCAUUUGUACUUUAUGACUAUGUACCAAAUUGAAGCAUAUGUUGGGUUCAAUUUUUAUGUUAUUUGGGUAUAUUUUAUCACUACUACAUAUUAUGUAGUGUGUACUGUGUAACUUGUAUUUAUCCGAUUAAUGUGGCCUAAUUCAGCUAUUGUUAUUAUAUAUUCAAUUUCAUA